UCUCUGUCCGACCCACGCGCGGAGCUGCCGGGGGCUCCUUAGCACCCGGGCGCCGGGACCCUCGCCCUUCCGCAGCCUUCACUCCAGCCCUCUGCUCCCGCACGCCAUGAGGUCGCCCUUCUACCGCUGCCAGAACACCACCUCGGUGGAAAAGGGCAAUUCGGCGAUGAUGGGAGCGGUGCUCUUCAGCACCGGCCUCUUGGGCAACCUGCUGGCCCUGGGGCUGCUGGCGCGCUCGGGGCUGGGGUGGUGCUCCCCGCGUCCACUGCGCCCGCCGCCCUCGGUCUUCUACGUGCUGGUGUGUGGCCUGACGGUCACCGACUUGCUGGGCAAGUGCCUCCUAAGCCCCGUGGUGCUGGCUGCCUACGCUCAGAACCGGAGUCUACGGGUGCUUGCGCCCGCAUUGGACAACUCGCUGUGCCAAGCAUUCGCCUUCUUCAUGUCCUUCUUUGGGCUCUCCUCGACACUGCAACUCCUGGCCAUGGCACUGGAGUGCUGGCUCUCCCUAGGGCACCCCUUCUUCUACCGACGGCACAUCACCCUGCGCCGGGGCGCACUGGUGGCCCCGGUGGUGAGCGCCUUCUGCCUGGCUUUCUGUGCGCUACCUUUCAUGGGCUUCGGGAAGUUAGUGCAGUACUGCCCCGGCACCUGGUGCUUUAUCCAGAUGGUCCACGAGGAGGGCUCGCUGUCGGUGCUGGGGUACUCUGUGCUCUACUCCAGCCUCAUGGCGCUGCUGGUCUUCGCCACCGUGCUGUGCAACCUCGGCGCCAUGCGCAACCUCUACGCGAUGCACCGGCGGCUGCAGCAGCAGCGGCGCUCCUGCACCAGGGACCGUGCCGAGCCGCGUGCGGACGGGAGGGAAGCGUCCCCGCAGCCCCUGGAGGAGCUGGAUCACCUUCUGCUGCUGGCACUGAUGACCGUGCUCUUCACUAUGUGUUCUCUGCCCGUAAUUUAUCGCGCUUACUAUGGAGCAUUUAAGGAUAUCAAGGAGAAGAUCAGGACCUCUGAAGAAGCAGAAGACCUCCGAGCCUUGAGAUUUCUAUCUGUGAUUUCAAUUGUGGACCCUUGGAUUUUUAUCAUUUUCAGAACUCCGGUAUUUCGGAUGUUUUUUCACAAGAUUUUCAUAAGACCUCUUACGUACAGGAACUGGUGCAGCAGUUCCACUCACAUGGAAUCCAGUCUGUGAUGGUGUUUUUCACUCUGUGGUGCGCUGAGGAAUAUGUCACAUGUUCAGUCAAAGAACCAUGAUUUUAAAAAAAACUUACAAUUUAAAUCCUUAGAAGUUAUCUUCCAUAACAAAAGCAUGUAUAUGUAUUUUCAAAAGUAUCUGAUAUCUUAACAAUGUGUUACCAUUCUAUAGUCAUGAACCCCUUCAGUGCAUUUUCACUUUGUUGUUAACAGCAACUAAAAUUUCAUAUAUUGUCACCAAUGUUAAAAUUCUUAAAAAGCAAUGGUAUUGUCCCUACAUUUGUACUUGGUGGCCCUGUUCUGUUUAGAGAGGCCUUGAGACAUAUGGGUCUUAUAAAAUAUAGUGGAAACACCACCAUUUAUGAUUAUGUGAUGGGCAUUCUUAAAAAGCAUAAUUUCUUACCCUAUUCAUUUUUUGGUGAAACCUGAUUCAUUGAUUUUAUAUCAUCAUUGCCCCUGUUUAGUUCAUUUCUUUGCCAAUUGAUCUAAGCAUAGCCUGAAUUAUGAUAUUCAUAAAGAAGCGAGGUGGGAAAUAUGACCAGGUCAGGCGGUUGGAGGGGCUUCCCCAGCCACCAUCGGGGAGUACUUGCUGCCUCAUGUGGAGACCUGAAGCUAUAACUAGACACAGAGCAAGAUAUGACUAUAGCCCACAACCCAAAGAAGCAAAAAUUCAUUUUUAUCUUUUGAAGUCCAGUUUCUUUUGUAUUGAGUCAAGGGUGUCAGUAGGAAUCAAAAUUUGGGGGUGGGUUGCAAAAUGUUCUUUCAGUUUUUAAAACCUCCGUUUUAUAAAAGAUUUAUCCUAUCAGUGGAUUCUUUGGUGGAAGGAUUUAUGCUUCUUUGAAAACCAGUGUGUGACUUACUGUAGAGCCAUGUUUACUGUUUGACUGUGUGGCACAGUGGGGCAUCUGGCACAGCAAAAAGCCCACCCAGGACUUAGCCUCAGUUGACGAUACUAACAAUGGCCUUAACAUCUACCUUAACGCUACCUAUUACAGCCGUUUUCUGCUGUCUGUGGAGACAGUAAGAUCUUAGGUUCACAAGAUUUUACUUCAAAUUACACCUUCAAAACUGGAGCAGAAUAUAGCUGAAAAGGAGCACAACUGAGCACUUUAACAGUCAUUUAAACGUUUACAAGGGUCAGCAACAUAAUGACCGAAAGGGAAAAGUGGAGGAAACGCAGCUGCAACUGAAGCGGAGACUCUAAACCCAACUUGCAGGUUAGAGCUUUCACCUUUGGUAAAAGAACAGAUCGGGGAGGUUAGAGGGGUUUCAGCAUCUCUGGAGUUCCUUUGGAUCGGACACUCUCAGGACUCCGAGAUGCAAAGCCUGCUGCUACAUUUGCGUAGACUCAAGACCUCCAGCCAGAAGUCCCUUCCAAAGACAAGAGUACUCAUGUUUACUUAUUUCCAACUUAGCAGCAACCUCAUUUGUUUCACUUAUGUUUUUUCCCGUAUCUCAGAGAUAAUAUAAAGCUGGGUAAUUUUUUAUGUAAUUUUUUGGUAUAGCAAAACUGUGAAAAAGCCAAAUUAGGAAUACAAGAAUUAUGAUUUGACAGUAUAACAUGAUGAAAAAAAUGCAGUUGUUUUUGAAAUUUAACUUCUGUUUGUAUCUUCAAUGUGUAAGUACAUGUGUGUUUUAUUGUCAGAGGAAGAAUGUUUCUUGUAUUCUUUUUUGGAGAGGUGUGUCAUGAUAAUUGUCCAGUUAACUUGAAAAGGCCCCAGAUGAAUCAAUAAAUAUAAUUUUAUAAUAUUUUGCAGAGGAAAUUACUUUUCUUUAAAUGAAAGAAAAAAGCUUGGUUUUCUUUUGAGCAAACUGUUGCCAGCAAUAUUUCAUUGUCUAGCAGUUUCAUAGUGUGAAUUUUUAUACACUGUCCAAUUAACACUUACAUUACUUUAAACAAGCUUUCAUAGACUUACCUAAGGACUUAGUACUCCUUUUUGUUUUAUACAAAAUGUAGAUAUACCAUCUGGAUGAAGUCCAUGUUGAGAUAAAACCAACUCUUCCAUAAUCUUUGUAGAUUUAUUCAUUAAUUCAUUAAAUAAUUGACAGAGACCUUGUGCCAAGCAGCUGAUUAGGUGCUGAAGAAAAGAAUAAAAAUAAGACUUAGUCAUAGUUCUUGAGUUGCUCAUUGUCCACUGCAGGAGAGAGGAGUGUAAACAGUUAGGAUACAGCAUAGAAAUUCUCCAAGUAUUGUGAGUACGCAAUACUAUUUAUUACUAUUAGAAGUAGUAAUAAAUUUACUAUUAGAAGUAGUAAUAAAUUUACUAUUAGAAGAGGAGGCCCAAACUAGGGACCACGUGUAGAGUUGUCAGGAGAACUUCACAGGAAGGAGAUGCAUUGAAAGUCAAGUAUUGAAAACAAGUAGGAAUUUUGACACUGAUUGAAAACUGAAAAGAACACAAAGAGAAAGUUUACGUAAGAUAAAAUAUAUACGGUUAAUAAAUGUAGACAAAUAUUCAGCCUAAUCAAAGAAAUACAAAAAUCAAAUCAAAUUGUAUAACAACAACAAACAACAACAACAAAAAAAAACCUAUGACUCUCAAUAACAGAGGUUAUUCAGAGAAGAACAUUCAUGUUCCCCUGGCGAGUUCGUAAAUGUGUAUACCCUUUCUUGAUAGCAACCCGACAGUGUAUCAAGAACCUAAAGUGUUCUUUGCUGUUGUUCCAGUCAUUCCACUGUAGCAUUCUCUUGCAGAAAAAAUACACAUGAAAAUUAUGUAUUUCUCAAUAUCUUUCCCUUUCCCCUUUAGAUAUUGAAACCCUCAAAAUUGUCCUGGACAAGCAGCAGUGGCAACACCUGAAACUUACUACAAAUGCAAAUUCUCCAGCUCCACGUCAGACCUGUUGAAUCAGAAUCUCUUGGGUGGGGCCAGCAAUCUGGGCUUUAACGUGCCCUCCAGGUGAUUCUCAUGCAUGCUAAUAUUUGAGAACCACUGCUCUGCACAAAACAAAACAAAAAAAAAAGAAAAAUACCAAAAAAAGAUAAGAAAGUAUGUGAUAGACUGUAUGUUUCUCUGACCUCUGAUUCUCAGAUCCUUUCAGUUGCAGAUAAUCUCUCAACACCUGAACUUCUACAGUGUUUUUAUCUAUAAUGUUCUCAGCAAAGUUACAGCUUUUAAAUAUCUUUCAAUAUUGGAAGCCAUUACUGAUUAUUUCCCAAGUUCAAAGUUCUUAUAGCAGUGAUGGGACCUGUCUUGCUCACUUGGAGGUAAAGAUGCUACCUUCGGCAAUGAUAUUUCUUUGGCCUCCUGCAGACACGUAAUUGGGCACUAAGUCUGAUGCUGUUCCCUUGUGAAAGAAGAUAAACUAAAGAGCCUUUGUUUAUGAAAAUAUUGUCAAAGAUUAUAUCUAAAGUGAGCUUUCAUUAGGGAUUGAGUAUUUUCUAGCUCUCUAUAGGAUAAAAAUUUCCAUUGAAAUAUGUAAAGCUAUUUUCAAAAUUUCAUAAUUUGACUUUCUUGUAUAUUUUCAGGAAAAUAUUAUACAUUUAAUCUUUCUUUCCAGGCAUUAAAAUCCUUGAGGACUAGACAGUCACCUAUUUUUUUCUCAUUUCUCCUAGUAAUUCUACACAUAUACUGUAGAAGAGCUAUAAAUAUACUAUAAAUAUAUUGAAUAAAAGGUGUUCUCUCUCAUGAUAGUCCUAAAAUGUACGUCUAUUCAAUAAGAGGCUGCUGUACGGCUUGGUUAAAGAUUCCUCUGUAUCUGAUGAAGAAUGUUCUCAUAUCACCAUGUAAGGAUUUUUCUCUUAGGCCAACCAAAGGUGAAAAUAGUACACGUAGGAGAAAAUAUUUUUGCUCUAUAUUAUUUCCCACUGUUAUAGACAUUAUGUAAGUUAACAUGUAUGUUUCAAUUUUUAUCCAGGAAAUAGCAACUCAUACAUGAUGAAAUUAACAACAUAAAAAGUUUGUUAAUUAGGCAAUCUUAACGUUGUAAAAACAACUUUGUCUUAUUAGAACAGUGUUGAGUGGCCUACUCUUUAAUUAUUUUCUUCAGUGAGGCUAGGAUUGCUGGUCUGGGUGUUCCCAGACUCUAGGUGGAGGAAAGCUGAGCGCAUAGGAUGGGUGGUACUAUAAUUAGGCUUCCUCUCCCUACCGUUUCACAAUAGCCAAAUUCAGUGGAAUGAAUUAGCAGAUCUCACCUGAUAUCAGUGAGAUGAACAUUCUAGUCUUCCAGAUAUUUUUAUACAAACUGCACGAACUCAGGAGUCAGUUCAAUUUAAAAAUAUUUGCAACGAAGGUGUUUAGAACCUAUCAUGCUCUGGUUACAAAUACAGGGAGAAGAUACAAGCUUUUCUUUCCCCCAACUAAAAUGCUUCAACCAGAGAAAACAAUAAAAAUACAGUCAAGUCAAAGCUCAAAUGAAAGUACAUUUUAGGUGAAGUAUAGGGUCCUAUGAUGAUCUUAAACCCAGUAAGCACUUGGAGUCUAAUUGGAAACACAAGACAAACUAGAAGUUAAAAAUCAUGCAGUGUAGUGCGAAUGUUACAAAGUACUAAAGUAUGAGUUAUAGAUUUCAAAACAAUAAAGCCCCAAAUUGGUGAUAAUUGAUGUUUAAGAUUAGUCUAGCAAUGCACUGUAUAAACACCUGGGCAAACAAAGUUGGUAGCUUGCCAACAUCAGUUUCUUAUCACUACAAAAUAGAAUAUGGAAACAAUAACUGUCAUGACACACAAUUCAUAAUGAAUUUAGAAAAUACUGUUCAUUCCCCCCAAAUUAAAAAACACCCAGAGUUCCCAAUUAGAUGAAAAAGAUAAAGUACAGUGAUUUACUGAUUAUGAUUGUGUGAAAGUAAAAAAAAUCUUGGGACCCCAAACUCACUAAGCCAAAUGGAAACGUCAAGUUAGAAACUGGGUCAUGCCAACCUGCAUCUCAUUUUGGUUCCUAAAUAAGAUGGCUAAAAUACAAAAAGCUACAUACCUCCAUCACAUUUCGCCCACAGGGAAAUUCCUUGGAGGCCCCAAGACUUUUACCCUAAAGUGUUUCUGUUAAGAUGCAUCAUGGCAAUGUGAACCGAUAGCUUUUCUCCACAGGUGUGGGGACAUAGGCGCGAACUCAAAGUCAUCCCUCUGCCCGCCUGAGACAAAUGCAUAUCUGAUUGUUUCCUCUGCUCUAUCGUCUACAUUAUCUAUAUUAUGUAAAAAUGCAGAUUCACUGAGUCAGACAAAGGCAUGAAUGACUGUUUUCCCCUACCCUCUUCUCACAUGAAAAUUAUGUAUUUCUCAAUAUCCUUCCCUUUCCCCUUUAGAUAUUGAAACCCUCAAAAUCAUCUUUGGGGAAAGGAAUAGACCUAUCUCCCAGGUGUGUAUCCUUAACUUUGGCAAAUAAACCUCAAAAAAUGAUUGAGA